UCAAGUUUCUCUUCUCUCUCGAGCUUCGUGUCUCCAGACACAAACUCAAAACUUAAAAUCAAAAUCAAAUCCAGCUCAACUUAGAAUACUCACCUGAAGUAGCACCCCUUCCGUACACCACCAGCACUGAAGCCUCGCGGCACUUUUCACGGACGACACAAUGCCGGUGUUUUCUGUCUCCGUUAAGCAGGUGGUGCCGGUGGACUACGAGGCCGAGGUUUCUCAGAGACUUCUGGAAGCCACGCUUUCCGGCGAUCUGAAAUCGGCAACGGAGUGCAUCGCCGAUCCUUUCGUCGAUGUCAACUUUGUCGGCGCCGUUUGCUUGAAGACGAGGAAGACGGAGUUGGUGCUUCGCGAGGAAUCGGCGAGCGAAGUUUGCGUUGAGUUCGAGGAGUUUAAAACUGACGUUACGGCUCUGUUCUUAGCUGCUCAUAGUGGAAAUGUCACUCUUGUGAAGAAACUACUGAGCGUUGGAGCUGAUGUGAACCAGAAACUCUUCAGGGGCUUUGCGACAACGGUAGCAGUGAGGGAGGGCCAUCUUAAGAUUCUGGAGAUCUUGCUUAAAGCCGGGGCUUCUCAGCCAGCUUGUGAAGAGGCUUUGAUAGAAGCAAGCUGUCAUGGUCGAGCAAAGCUUGCAGAGCUGCUCAUGGGUUCUGAUUUGAUUCGGCCCCAUGUUGCUGUGCAUGCUCUCGUCAUGGCAUGCUGCAGGGGAUUUGUGGAUGUGGUGGACACUAUCAUGAAGUGUCGAGUUGAUGUGAGUGCAACUGAUCGAUUUCUACUACAGUCAUUCAAGCCUUCUCUUCACACUAAUGUAGAUUGUACUCCACUUGUUGCUGCUGUUGUUAGUAGGCAGGUCUCUGUUGUCCGUUUAUUGCUACAGCAGGCUGGUGCAGACAUAGAUGUUAGAGUAAGACUUGGAGCAUGGUCAUGGGACACUACUAUAGGUGAAGAAUUUCGAGUUGGUGCUGGACUAGCUGAACCCUAUGCGAUCACCUGGUGUGCAGUGGAGUAUUUUGAAGUUAGUGGUUCUAUCUUACGCAUGCUCCUGCAAUACGUUUCCCCUGACAGUCCUCACUAUGGAAGAACCCUCCUUCACCAUGCAAUCCUUUGUGGCAAUUCAGGAGCAGUCAAUGUCCUUCUGGGCUGUGGUGCCAAUGUAGAAUGCCCUAUAAUAACAACCCAGAAAACUGAGUUCCGUCCUAUACACAUUGCUGCACGUCUUGGCUUGUCCACCAUUCUUCAAUCCCUGAUUGAUUUUGGUUGUGAUGUGAACUCCAAGACAGAAUCUGGUGACACAGCUCUGAUGAUAUGUGUGAAAUAUAAGCAAGAAGAUUGUCUCAAGGUUUUGGCCCAGGCUGGUGCUGAUUUUGGGUUAGUCAAUGUUGCUGGUGAGUCCACAAGUUCAAUUGCUGGUUCAAACUGGUGGUCCCUUGGUUUUCAACAAGCAGUAGUAGAUGUAAUUAAAGCUGGAAAAAUUCCAAAAUCAAGCAAUAUAUCUGUCUUUUCUCCCCUGAUGUUUGUAGCCCAGUCUGGUGAUAUUGAGGCCUUGAAAGCUCUAAUUCGAUGGGGAGAGGUUAAUCUUGAUUAUCAGGAUGAUAAUGGCUUCUCUGCUGUCAUGGUCGCUGCUUUGAAGGGUCAUGUUGAAGUAUUUCGUCUAUUGGUAUUUGCUGGGGCUGAUGUUAAGCUGCUCAACAAAUCUGGCAAAACUGCAAUUAUGCUUUCUGAGUUGAACCAGAACCGUGACCUCUUUGAGAAGGUGAUGCUUGAAUUUGCACUUGAAAAGGGAAACCGUUUUGCUGGAGGGUUCUAUGCUUUACAUUGUGCAGCACGUCGUGGGGACUUGGAUGCAGUCAAGUUGUUAACAAGUAGGGGUUAUGAUGUUAAUGUCCCUGAUGGCAGUGGUUAUACUCCACUCAUGUUAGCAGCAAGAGAAGGCCAUGGAUCCAUGUGUGAACUGUUGAUCAGAAGAGGAGCCAUUUGCGAUAUCAAGAAUGCUAAAGGUGAAACAGCACUCUCGCUUGCAAGAAAGAUUUCCGAAUCGAAAAAUGAUGCAGAACGUGUGAUUCUAGAUGAGCUGGCUCGCAAGCUGGUGUUAAGUGGUGCCCAAGUACAAAAACACACCAAGGGAGGCAAAAGCACUCCACAUGGUAAAGAUCUAAGAAUGUUGGGGUCAGAAGGUGUGCUGCGGUGGGGAAAUUCAAGGCGUAAAAAUGUAAUAUGCCGAAUGGCAGAAUUGGGGCCAAGCCCCGCAUUUAGGAGGAAUAGGCAGCGGAAAGGUGAUGCUGAUGAACCUGGAGUGUUUCGGGUAGUGACUACCAAGAACAAGGAGGUGCAUUUUGUGUGCGAGGGCGGGUUGGAAGUGGCUGAGCUGUGGGUGAGGGGAAUAAUGCUUGUGACAAGGGGUGCCAUUUGUGGUAAAUAGAUGUGACAUGAGUAGUAGCAUAUCUGCGUUAACGAUGUAUAGGAAUAGGAGUACUUCGCCUUGAAGUACUUGGAAUGGCUGGUUUUUCAUAUAAAAGUUUUGAUCCCUGUAGUUGUAAAUGUC